UCUGUCUCAUCCCCCUCAGACAUCUGACCUAUGCAUGCUUGGCUGUUACUGACGUUAACGUAUCACAAUGGAAACACUAUACGCGGUGGCACGUGUUGAAGAGCUUUGCCAAGUUUUUGCCCUCGGCCUUUGUUGAAGCGGAUUUCGAGUUCUUUGGCAAAACGUUAACGGGUCAAGAGCAAAUGGAGGCACGAUGGAAGAAAAUGUUAGGCUUUAUUGACUCACAGAUCGGUGAACUACUUGGCAAGGUCUACUGCGAACAUCACUUCCCCGAAACAUCCAAACGGGCCAUGAUUGAGCUGGUAGAUAGGGUAAUCGCCUCACUGAAAGACAUGAUCAAACAGGACUUGCCGUGGAUGUCACAGGAAACCAAGACAGCCGCGCUGGUUAAAUUGGGCACACUCAGAGUCAAAAUCGGAUACCCUGACAAGUAUAAAGACUACAGUGAACUGACGCCCAAGGCAAACGACAGUGUCAUCUCAGUCGUGCGGCAGAUACUCCUUAUGGAACACCAUCGCGACUGGAGACAGGCGAACAAACCCACCAACCGAGACAAAUGGAGUAUGCCUCCUCAGAUGGUCAAUGCCUACUACUCACCUCUGCGGAAUGAGAUUGCGUUUCCCGCAGCCAUCCUUCAAGGGGCUGCCUUUGAUCCAGAACGCGACCUCUGCGCCAAUUAUGGUAAGUAG